GUUAAACUCCUGCUCGACAACGGAGCUGAUCCAAAUGUUCAGACUCGAGAACUUGGCACUGUGCUGCAGAUGGCGGCAGCUCAGGGCUCCGAGGCCAUCGUCAAGCUCCUGCUCGAGCAGGGAGCUGAUCCAAAUAUUCAGGGCGGAUUCGAUGGUAGUACACUGCAGGCAGCAGCAGCUAUUGGUUCUGAGGCCAUAGUCAAACUCCUGCUUCAGAGCGGAGUCGAUCCGAAUGUCACUGGACGACAUUAUGGCAUAGCACUGCAGGCAGCAGUAGCUGAGGGUUCUGAGGCCAUCGUCAAACUCCUGCUCGAGAGUGGGGUUGAUCUGAAUGUCAAGGGCGGAGGAUAUGGCACUGCACUGCAGGCGGCAGCCUAUAAAGGCUCUGAGGCCGCCGUCAAGCUCCUGCUUGAUUGUAGAGUCGAUCUACAUGUCCAGGGCGGAUAUUAUGGCACUUCACUGCACGCAGCCGCAUUUGGCAACGGUUCCGAGGCCGUCGUCAAGCUCCUGCUCAAUAGUGGAGUGGAUCCAAAUGUUCAGGGGAAAUACGGUGCCAUUGCGCUGCAGACGGCAGCCGGUCGUGGAUACGAGGCCAUCGUCAAGCUCCUGCUUGAGAACGGAGCUGAUCCAAAUCUCCAGGAUGGACACUUUGGCAUUGCACUGCGGGCGGCGGCCUAUGAAGGUUCCGAGGCUGUCAUCAAGCUCCUGCUUGAUAGCGGAGUCGAUCUGAAUAUCGAGGGCGGAUUUAAUGGCACUGCAUUGUAGGCAGCAGCAGCGGGAAAAGGUCCCGAGGCCGUCGUCAAGCUCCUGCUUGAGAGCGGAGCAGAUCCAAACAUCCAGGGUGGAGCGCGCGGUAAUGCAAUGGCAGCUGUGCAUAGUAACUGGUUCAGAACGCAAGCGAACCGUGAUGCAUUAAUUCAGCUUCUUCUUGAUUAUGGUGCUACUGAUUCCUAGCUUUCGCAUAAUUCUUUUCGUAAUUCUCUCGAAGGUGUCGCUGUUUCGCCUGACGUUAUGACAAGUGCCGAUAUGUAUGUAUCUGGGGCUAUCACACGGCCGGUAGUGCGGUUGCAAAUCUUCCUACCUUCUUUCCGUACAUCAGUUUUCGUCCGCCCGUCUACAUAUUUGUCCAUCAGUCUGUCUCGCGCCAAUCGCAUUUUCCAAGUCUUAUCAUCCACACAGCUUGUAGUUAAUGUCUUGCUACCAAUCUUCUUGCGAAUUAAUCAGUU